AUGAUCUCGACAAUGCGACCGGAUAUAGACAACGUGGAUGAGUAUGUUCGUAAUACAACGGCACGUGCGUUCGCUGUGGUGGCAUCGGCACUGGGCAUACCGGCCCUUUUGCCUUUCCUGAAGGCAGUCUGCAAGAGUAAGAAGAGUUGGCAAGCGAGACAUACAGGAAUAAAGAUAGUUCAACAGAUGGCGAUUCUAAUGGGAUGUGCAGUUUUGCCGCAUUUAAGAGCAUUGGUGGAGAUUGUAGAGACUGGAUUGGUGGAUGAUCAACAGAAGGUGCGAACGAUCACAGCGUUGUGUCUGGCUGCAUUGGCUGAGGCAGCCACACCGUACGGUAUCGAGGCGUUCGACUCGGUGCUGAAACCACUCUGGAAAGGUAUCAGAUCGCAUCGAGGAAAGGGUUUAGCGGCCUUCUUGAAGGCAAUUGGCUUUCUGAUUCCGUUGAUGGACGCUGAAUACGCGUCGUAUUAUACUCGGGAAGUGAUGCUGAUCCUGAUUAGAGAGUUCGCAUCGCCUGAUGAAGAAAUGAAGAAGAUUGUGUUGAAGGUUGGUCGUUUGUUCAUUUCGCUUUUCUUUCAUAUUUUAAAUUUUUUGUUUGUGGGUUACUGA